AUGAUGGUCACUUGUCUGCUCCUCUUCAGCAUCUGGACCGUUGCGUCAGGCUCCGUGCAGGUGAUGCACAGAAAAGUCCAGUCGGUCCAGACAGGAGGAAACAUUACUUUUUCAUGCCGAUCAGUCACAAAAGAAGACGUGUUACAGGUGACCUGGCAGAAGGAGACAGACGGGGCUGAGGACAACAUAGCGACUUACAGUGUGAUGAAUGGCCAGAAGAUAGCAGAGGGCUAUGUUGGCCACGUGAGCUUUGCCCACAGUGAAUUACAAGCCUCAGCCAUCUCCUUUCAUGGAGUUACCCUCCAAGAUGAAGGAUGCUACAAGUGCAUCUUCAACACAUUUCCCUCAGGGGCUGUGACUGGCAGGAUGUGUCUCAAGGUUUACGCCAUCUCGGAACCCAAAGUGGAGGCUAAGCUUAUAUCCAGUCCAGACAAAGCUGGGGACUCUGAGAAAGUGGUGGAGAUGAGCUGCUCAGCAACGGGGAAACCAGCUCCAAAAAUCACCUGGCACCUUCCCAGCAUCCUGCAGCAGAAGCCAAGGGAGUACCAUGUCAAGUUCAGCAACCAGACCGUAACUGUCAUCAGCAAUUUCACCCACAUCCACUCCAACAUCCUCCAGGAGUACCCCAUCACCUGCAUGAUCCAACACCCCUCUCUAAAUGUGACCCUGGUCCUGCCCACAGACGACCUGGCGCAGGGUCUGGACAGCAGCUCAGCACCAACCAUCGCCAUUGCAGUGACGGUGCUCAUCCCCCUGGCUUCCCUCAUCCUUCUCAUCUGCCUCUUCCACUGCUGCCUCAGGCACCUACGAGAUCCAGAGAGAAAUCCAGCCAGGCCAUGCUGGAUCCCUCUGGCACAGCCAGCGCAGCUCAUGGAGGAAGCAGCUUUGAGGUUGUGCCCCACACAAAAUGGGGUCUUAGAGAAAGAGCAUGCCUCUAUGAGGAAAGCCCAGGCUACUGCCCUGCAGCAGGGACCAAAGCGCUGCUGGUUGUGCACCGAGGCCAUCCUGAUGCAGGGAGUGAAGGAUGCAAGCUCGAGUCUUAUGUAUGUGGCUCUCUAUCAUUCUGCUGUGGAACUGGCAGACUUGGAUUUGGAAGUCAACUCGGAAAAACUGAAGGCAGAAGCUGCAAGGAAAUGGCACCAGUCAUUGAUGGCAGGACAAAUGUUUUUCCUGACAGGUUUGAAGCAAGCGGUGAAAUCUAAUAGCAUUGUUACAGCAGCCUUUGGUGGUGAGGCAAAUUUAUAUUGCAACUUCUCGCUCUCAGUGGAUGUUUUGCAAGUCACCUGGCAGAAGAGAAAUGAGUCUUUCUUCCAGAACAUUGCCACCUACAGCCCAAACCACGGGCUGAGGUUGAUAGGGUCAUUUCGGAAGAAGGCACGUUUCACUUCAGCAACCCUGAAGACCUCCGCUAUCACGCUACAAAAUCUCACAUUUGAGGAUGAGUCCUAUUACAGAUGCCUUUUCAAUGUGUUCCCUCAUGGGUCUUUCAGCAAAGAGAUGUGCCUCAACAUCCAAACGAUUUCUGAGCUUACAGUGGAAUACGAUUCCCACAAACCCGCUGAGGAUCCCCUCACUGCAGUUUGCUCAGCAACAGGAAAGCCUGCCCCCAAAAUCACCUGGCUGGAUGACAGAGACCUGAAACAAUCCACUGAAAUACAUCACAUCCAAAAUGCAAAUGGAACAGUAACAGUAGAAAACAGACUUACGUUUACUGCUGACCACCUCCAUGCCUUGACCUGCCUUCUUGACCACCCACAGGGAAGGAAAGUGAAGACAGUUUACCUGGAAAAAGGAAAUAAAG